GGUUGCAAAGGGUAACCACGUUAACAAGAGUAAGGCCAUGGAGGCCCCUGAAGCACCUGGAGCAUGGCCUAUAGUUGGUCACCUCAUUAAACUAUCAACCCCUCAGCCUCUCUUCCGAACACUUGCAGAUAUGGCUGACAAGUAUGGACCAGUCUUCACUGUUCGCUUCGGCAUCCAUCAAACACUUGUAAUUAGCAGCUGGGAGUUGGCCAAGGAGUGUUUCACCACCAACGAUAAGGCUUUCGCUAGCCGUCCAAAAAGUGCGGCCGGCAAGUACUUGGCCUUUAAUUAUGCAAUGUUUGGGUUCGCACCCUACGGUUCCUACUGGCGUGAGACACGCAAGUGUGUUGCGUUGGAGCUACUCUCCAACCGUAGGCUUGAAUCCCUCAAACGCAUCAGAUAUGCUGAGAUUGAGAAUUGUAUGAAGAAUCUAAAUGGGCUUUGGGUGAAGAACAAUAGGAAUCAAGUUAAGAUUGAAAUGAAUCGAUUGUUUCGAGAUCUAGCCAUGAAUUUGGUUCUUAAGAUGGUGGUGGGCAAACAAUAUUUCAGUGUGGUUGGUGCGGAUGAUGUGUUUGACAAAGAGGCCCAGAGAAUCCAGAAAACAAUAGAUGAUUUCUUUAAACUAGCAGGUGUCUCAGUUGCAUCGGAUGUGCUUCCGAGUUUCUUAUCAUGGAUGGAUUUCGAUGGGGCACAAAGGGCUAUGAAGAAGACUACUGAGGAGAUGGACGUGAUUGCCGAGAGAUGGCUUCAAGAACAUCGGCAAAAAAUAUUAUCUGGGAAGGCUGAUGGUGAUGAGCAAGACUUCAUGGAUAUGAUGCUGUCGAUCCUUGAAGAGGAUCCUCAAUUCCAUGGCCAUGAUCGUGAUUCCGUAGUGAAGGCUACCGUUCUGGCAUUGAUGCUAGCUGCCACAGAUCCCAUUGCAGUAUCCUUGUCAUGGGCACUUUCCUUAUUGCUGAACAACAAGCAAGUCUUGAGAAAGGCUCAAGAUGAAUUGGACUUUCAUGUUGGGAAGGAAAGGAAGGUGGAUGAGAAAGACAUUGGUAACCUUACUUAUCUUCAAGCCAUAAUCAAGGAAACACUUCGCCUAUACCCUGACACACCACUAUUGAUUCCCCAUGAAGCCAUAGAAGAUUGCAUUGUAAGUGAAUUCAGAAUCCCAAAAGGAACACGUUUGAUAGUGAAUCUUUGGAAGAUACAUCGAGACCCUCGUGUAUGGUCAAACCCAUUAGAAUUCCAACCAGAGAGGUUUCUCACAAGUCAUCCCAAUCUAGAUGUAUGGGGGAAGAACUUUGAGUUUAUUCCUUUCGGGUCGGGUAGAAGAUCAUGCCCGGGGAUAUCAUUCUCCCUUCUAACCUUACAAAUGAUGCUUGCCCGUUUGCUUCAUGAAUUCGAGCUGCGAAUGCCCUCUAAUGAGCCUGUGGAUAUGACUGAACGCAUGGGCUUAUCUAUGUCCAAGAAAACACCUUUGGAAGUCCUCCUUAGUCCUCGACUCCCUUCACAUAUUUAUGACUAGUA